CCCAGGGGAGUUGGGGUUCGGAGGGGGAUUGUUUUCGGCUCUGAAGAGGUUCCCACCCAACCUUCAAAAUUUUGUCCAAAAGCAGACAAGAGGAUCGCCCCGCGCUGAGCCGGCUGGUGGGCAGCAGGAGGCGCCUGAUCGCCGCCGGGGCGCUGGGGGUGGUGAUGGUGCUGCUCCUGGUCAUCCUCAUCCCGGUGCUGGUGAGCUCGGCCGGCACGUCGGCGCACUACGAGAUGCUGGGCACCUGCCGCAUGGUCUGCGACCCCUACGGCGGCACCAAGGCGCCCAGCACCGCCGCCACCCCGGACCGCGGCCUCAUGCAGUCCCUGCCCACCUUCAUCCAGGGGCCGAAAGGCGAGGCCGGCCGGCCGGGGAAGGCAGGCCCCCGCGGGCCCCCAGGUGAGCCGGGGCCGCCGGGGCCCGUGGGGCCCCCGGGCGAGAAGGGCGAGCCGGGUCGCCAGGGCCUGCCGGGCCCUCCCGGGACGCCUGGUCUGAACGCGGCCGGGGCCAUCAGCGCGGCCACCUACAGCACGGUGCCCAAGAUCGCCUUCUACGCCGGCCUCAAGCGGCAGCACGAAGGCUACGAGGUGCUCAAGUUCGACGACGUGGUCACCAACCUGGGGAACCACUACGAUCCCACCACGGGCAAGUUCACCUGCUCCAUCCCGGGCAUCUACUUCUUCACCUACCACGUCCUGAUGCGCGGUGGGGACGGCACCAGCAUGUGGGCUGAUCUGUGUAAAAACAACCAGGUCCGUGCGAGUGCAAUCGCCCAAGAUGCUGAUCAGAAUUACGACUAUGCCAGUAACAGUGUGGUUCUUCAUCUGGAGCCGGGAGACGAAGUCUAUAUCAAAUUAGAUGGCGGAAAAGCCCACGGAGGAAACAACAACAAAUACAGCACGUUUUCUGGAUUUAUUAUUUAUGCUGACUGAUCAUGCAGAAACUAAGCUUCUAGUUCUGAGUUUGAACUCUGGAGGUGGAUGGCUAACGUCAGUGAAUCAAGGACGCAAGGGGAUGCAGAUCGGUCGAUCCAAGGCAUCUCAGUUGUGUAUAGGAGGGGAAAUCCAAUGCUACCUGACUCACAUCUGUGUCCCUCGGAAACAUUAUGUAAAAAAAUAUAUAUUUAAAGCAAGAUAAGCAGAUGUGUGAUCCACUACCGCCAAAGCAAAUACUCCUUAUUGUUAGUGUCCAUGUGAAUGAAGUCCUAUAGAGAUCACAAAUUUUUAUAGAAAAAUCUAAGAGACUGAAUUAUUUCCUCAAUAUAUAUGAUCAUUUGGUGUACUGUGAUCUUGCUGCUUUUAUCCAUAUGUCAGCUUUGGUUCUUGUGAGUUUACCUGCUUAUUAUGGUAAUUGGAUAAUUCAUAGUGCAGGGGGAACAUGAUUUUACCCUGCAGGAGGAGGAGAAGAAGGAGGAGGUCUGAUUGAAGUAAUGCUGCUUGUCCCCAAAGAAAUUGUUUGCCUUGUUCUCUUGUUAACAUUAGAGCUAGACCUGGAAAUGAUUCAACUUCAAGCCUUAACCUGGAAUUUUCUGGAUUUGUGGGAAUUCCCAAGCCUAUGAUCAUUUCACAUUUUCCUUUUCUUAUGAAUUUUCCUCUCUCUCUCUCUCUCUCUCUCUCUCUCUCUCUCUCUCUCUCUCUCUCUCUCUCUUUCUUCUGGUGAUAGUCUUUAAAAAUAGUGGUUGAAUUUUUACCAUAGGAUUACCCCUCUCUGCGUGUGAAAAUAUGUAUUUAUGGGUGGUAUUUAGAAAACCUUCUGUGUGUCCAGUUUGUCAGUAGAAUACACUUAGAUUUACUUGGAAAGUCAGAGAAAUCUCUUCUUUGGUAUUAAAUCUGACUGAGGCUUUUGCAUUCUUUGGAAUGGAAGAUUAUCCAUGACCCAAUACACAAAGGUUUAAUUGGACCUACUGCACUUUUCACAGAGUAAAGCCUUCCAGCAGUUA